UUCUCGAGCAGCCAGCCCCGUUACCCGUUAGUUUUCCCGUCGCAACCGUGCGGCGCGCGCAAGCUACCGAACGCUCCAUUGUUGCGCUCGUGCCUUGUGAUGGUCUGAGGACCGUCGGAUCGCCGACGUGAAAACCGCGCGCUCGGGUCGGAGAAUAUCGGCGUUGUGCUCAAGAUGGGGAAGUUUGUGUUUUCGGAGUCGUCCUUAUAUGGAUAACUAGCGCCCGUGGAAGCCCCGCAGUGGAACGGUAAAGUGUGUAUUCAGGAUGAGUCUCCUGCAUUUCACCGUGUGCCUCUCAGCUGCCUGGUUCCUGGCCCAUGCAGUCAGGGGUCCCCCGCGUGUGUGUGGGCGGGUGGUGUGGCGUCAGGCGGUGCGUUUGGGGGGGUCGGUGCGGCUGGCGUGCCCCGUGGGGGGGGACCCCCCUCCGCUGCUCAUGUGGACCAAAGACGGCCGGAACAUCCACAGCGGCUGGCUGCGGUUCCGCGUUCUCCAGCUGGGACUGCGGGUCAAGCAGGUGGAACCGGGCGACGCAGGAACCUACGUGUGCAAAGCCACCAACGGGUUCGGCAGCGUCAGCGUCAACUACACACUCAUCAUCAUCGAUGACUCUGGCUCUCAGUCCCAGAGAGAGUUCCAUGAUGCUGACCCAAACUCUGGUCCUGAGGCGUUGCCGGGGAAACUGGUGCGUCCACGCUUCACCCAGCCCUCUAAGAUGCGUCGGCGCGUGAUCGCUCGGCCGGUGGGCAGCUCCGUGAGGCUCAAGUGCGCGGCGAGCGGUCAUCCGCGGCCGGACAUCGUGUGGCUGAAGGACGAGCGGCCGCUCAGCGAGCAGGAAGUGGGCGUGGGCCGCCACAGGAAGUGGACGCUCAGCCUGCGCGCACUCACGCCAGAACACAGCGGACGCUACACCUGCAGAGUCAGCAACCGCGCAGGACUCAUCAACGCCACCUACAGGCUGGAGGUCAUACAGAGGACCAACUCUAAGCCGGUGCUGAGCGGGAGUCACCCUGUGAACACCACAGUGGAGGAGGGCGGCUCCACAUCGCUGCAGUGUAAAGUGCGCAGCGACGUCAAGCCCGUCGUCCAGUGGCUCAAACGCCUGGACAACACAGCUGAUGGACGAUACAACUCCACCAUAGAGGUCGGUGAGCACCGGUUCGUGGUGUUGCCCACGGGGGAGGUGUGGUCUCGUCCAGACGGCUCGUACCUCAACAAGCUGCUGAUCAGCCGAGCCAAGAUGGCCGACGCCGGCAUGUACAUCUGCCUUGGAGCCAACACCAUGGGAUACAGCUACAGGAGUGCCUACCUUACUGUGCUGCCAGAUUCCCGGCAGCCAAUCACGCCGGUGCUGGCCCCUCCCCCCGGAGUGGUUCCGUGGCCCGUCAUCAUCGGCGUUCCCGCCGGAAUGCUCUUCAUCUUCGGCUCCGCCCUCCUCUGGCUCUGUCACACCAAGAAGCCACACCCCCCUCAGCCGGCAUCCUGCCGCGACGCCAAACGGCCCCCCCUCCGCGAGCGAGAGAGAGAGAGAGAAAGAGAGAGAGAGAGAGAGAGAGAAAGAGAGAGAGAGAGAGAGCGCUCGGAGAAGGAGGUGAUUGGCUACGAGGAUCUCCUGCUGCUCAACCAUCAGAAGCUUUACCCAAAGAUCUACACCGACAUUCACACACACACACACUCACACACACACACCGACGUCCACACACACACACACGCACGCCUGGAGAGCAAAGUGCACCAGCACCAGCACAUACACUUCCAGUGUUAACCUCAUGCACACACACACACACACACACACACACACACACACACACAUUCCCACAC